AUGAUAUCGUUCUUCUCAAAACUCUCUUUGAAUAACUCACAAAAACAAACAGUGGAGCUCGCGAAGCCUGCUUAUAUGGACAAAAGUGCGACCCUACAGGAGUUAGGAUAUAAAGAUGAGAACGACCUGAAAGAGACAAUAUACGACUUUUUGCGGACGAUACGGGACCCUGAAAAGCCGAGUACACUUGAAGAUUUAAAGGUGGUUUAUGAAGAAGGGAUUUUUGUGAAGGAGCCUACAGCUGAUAAAGUUCCCGUGUUGCGAGUGGAAUACAAUCCGACAGUGCCCCACUGUUCGCUGGCGACGCUCAUCGGGCUGUGCAUACGGAUCAAGAUACAGCGAUCUAUACACCAUCCUGUCAAAUUGGAUAUUUAUAUCAAGAAAGGCGCACAUACCACUGAAGAUGAAAGUAAGUAA